AUGUGGAAUAUAACAAUACAAAAAAUUUUAUCAAAAUCUAUAGGCUAUUUUGGUGUAUUUAUCUUUUUUUCAUUUACUACUUAUGUUGUCUUUAUUUGUUAUUCAAUAAUUGCACCAGCAAUAUUUGAACAUAGACAAUAUGGAAAAUUUUUAUUUCAUUUUAUUUUUGGUAAUUGGCUUAUUAUUAAUAUUUAUUUUAAUUAUAUUAUGGCAUGGCUUACAUCACCUGUUCAACCUGUAUGUAAGAAAUGUUCAUGUAAUAAACCACCUCGAACUCAUCAUUGUAGUUGGUGUAAUUUGUGUGUAUUACGAUUUGAUCAUCAUUGUCCAUGGUUAAAUAAUUGUGUUGGCUUUUAUAAUCAUCGUUACUUUUUUCAAUUUUGUUGUUUUAUGGCAAUUGGAUGUUUAUAUGCUGGUUUUUUUUGCUAUCGUGAAUAUCAAAUCAGUCGAUUUGAUGAACAAAUAUUUCGGCAAAUUGAUUCAUUUUAUAUGCCUGGAGAUAUUUUUGAUACUAUGGGUGUAGAAGGUUUCAUAGCGAAUUAUAUAUUUAUUAUGGCAUUAGUAGCUGGUUUUCUUUUAAUUUGUAUUUGUUGUUUGCAUGGAGGUAUGAUUAGUCGAGAUGAAACAUCAGUCGAACAUUUAGUGGCUAAAUAUUCUAUUCAUCAAUAUUAUAAACAGAAUUCUAUUUUUCAUAAAAUAUUCAAUCCUAAAAUAAUCGAAAAUUGGAAACGAUUUUUAGGAGUUCAUAGUUUUAGUGAAUUUAUUCGACGAAUUCUUUUACCAAGUACACAUAAACCAAAAGGUAAUGGUAUAACGAUAGAUGAUUAUAAAGUCAGUACAAAUUUGAUCUUACAUCGAGAAGAUUGUGAUCGAAACGAACCACAUGUUUCAAAUACAUCGAAAAUUUCUUACGAUAUUUCCAAUAGUUGUUUGGUUAGAAUAUAUCGAUCUGUGCUGUUAUUAUGGUAUAAACAACGUAAAUCACGCUGCUCUACUCCGAUUUGUCAGUCACGAUUACUAUUGACACAACAAAGAAAUAUUUUACAAGAUUGUUAA